CCUCCCAUCAAUUGUUUAACGCUAGAGCAACUGACUGACCUCUUGGCGACCGACAUCCUUAAGCUGGGAGAUCGACUCCGUAACCGGUAGAUACUCUCGAGCCAUUCCCAUCUGGCUCUGAAUCGCGGUGACAGCUCAUGACGAUGCGGUGCGAAAUGCAUGCGGCAACUCGGAAAUCGAAGGAUAGCAAUGGAUUCUGGUUCGGAAGGCAUUGUGUCCUUCUAGUCCUUCUCCUGCUUGCAAUCUGCACAAUCUACGCAUUUGGACCAGGUCUGAAUCCCGAACAACCAUCAUACGGCCGUCACAACAAGCGAGCAGCUGAUCCCAAACCUCCUCAGCCUCCACUAGUCUUUGGCAAGGACACCGUCGAGUCGCUGCAGAAGUUGCUGGACAAACUGGUAGCCGAUGAGAAAGCAACAGUCGAGACCAUCAUCAAGAACUCUGCGACCCCUAAGGAUGCAACAUUUAACAACACCAUCAAGCCUUAUGCUGACCACGAGAACGAUUCUAUUCUGGUGCUGCACGGUCUUAAUGCGUAUUCCUCUAUAUCCCCAGAUGCAGGGCUUCGGAACUUCUCUAGUGUAUCCGCCAUUCCUUUGGAUGAGAGGUACGAGAAAACAAUGGGGAAUAGGGACCUUUUCGCUCGUGUCGACUUCGUUUACCAGCAACAGAAAAAGCAGCCAGAUCCCAAGCUAAGCGCUGAGGACCGCCUGUUCCUUGAAAGGUUUUGGCGCAGCUUUGCAAACAAUGGGCUGAACCUCCCGGACGGAGAGCUCAAAAGGUUUCAGGACAUCUCCAAAAAUAUCACCAAACUCACGUCUGAAUUUGGAGACACUGUGAACGCGAUCAACACGACACUGUAUUUUACCAAAGACGAGUUAGACGGCACUCCUCUAGAAACCUUGAAUGGCCUUCCAAAGGGCACUGGCGAGAACCAAGGCAAAUUUGGGCUCGGCAUGGCAAGUCCCGAUUAUGGAGCAGUCAUUUCGCAUGCGAAGAACGAGACUGUGCGGCGUCUCAUCACGUACACAAGUUCACAGACGGCCCCAUCCAAUUUGGAGGUCAUACAGAAGCUGAUCACGCUGCGAGAUGAGAUGGCCCGUCUACUAAAUUAUAGCAGCUUCGCGGAGCUAGCAGUGCGAGAUGAGAUGGCGAAGACCCCCAAAGCAGUUGAGAAGCUUUUGGCAGACGUUAAGAAACCAAUGCUUGAGAAACUGCCCAAGGAAAUACAGCAUAUCAAAGACUGGAAGAAGAAUGAAACUGGCAAUGCCGACCACCUGUACCUUUGGGAUGAUUAUUACUACACUUCGAGAAUAUACGAGGACGAGUACAAGCUGGAUGUCGACUACCUCAAGGAAUGGUUCCCGGCAGACUACAUGUUCGAGCGGCUCCUCGAAAUGUACGAGCAGAUCUAUGCCCUCAAUUUCAUUGCUAUCACUGGGAAAGAUCUUGACGAUCUGUCUCCGACGAAGAAUGGGUCAGAUCUCUUCUGGGCACCAGACGUCACCCUUUAUGCUGUAUGGGACGAUGCGGACGACACCAAGGGGGAUUUUAUUGGCUAUUUAUAUGUCGAUCUAUACUACCGUGAGGCAAAAGCCCCUGGUGCGUUUAUGAUGCCUUUCGUUGCCGGAUUUGAGAACCCAGAUGGCUCGCGUACCUACCCGUCUGUGGGCCUCUUCUGCAAUUUCAAGAAGAGCGAUUCGAAUACGGCGAAGCCGCAACUCAUCAAGCGCAGCGAAAUCCAGACUAUCCUCCACGAAGCUGGUCAUUGCAUGCACGGAUUGACAUCGAAGGUGAAAUAUGGCCGCUUCCACGGUACAAAUACACCGCGUGACUGGGUGGAGAUGCCUUCUCAGCUCAUGGAAAAUUGGUCGUACAUUCCUGCUGUCCUCAAGCGACUCAGCAAACACUGGUCUUAUCUCUCGCCAGAAGCUCUGAAGGCAUGGCAGAAAGAGCGGACAGACGCCAAAAAAGACACUAAGCAACCGGAAGAAAAGUUUCCGGACGAUCUGAUCAAGCAACUAAUACUUUCCAAGAAUGCGUUUACGGCGUCAUACAUGCUCGGGCAGGCCUUUUUUUCAGCGUAUGACUACAUCCUUCAUGAUCCCAAGUCGCGGGAAGACCUCCAAAAGAUCGAUCAGACUGUGGCAUACAACAAAGGCUAUAAGGACUACAGUGGUCGUGACGGUCCUGAGGUCUUGGACCCGAACAUUCCGGGCAAUAAGGAAGUUGGCGCUGGGAAGGGCUUUGCCUGGGGUCACGGCCAGACGACUUUCACGCACAUCAUGAGUGGCGGAUAUGAAGGCAGGUACUAUUCCUAUACCUGGGCCCUGAUCAAUGCCAAAGAUGUCUUCUACACUGCAUUUAAGAAGGAUCCUUUCAGCCGCGAGGUCGGGGCCAAAUGGAGGAAAACUGUCCUAGAACCUGGUGCGACGAAGGAUUAUGACAAGAUUCUUGAAGAGUUUCUGGGUCGCCCGCCGAACAGCACGGCUUUUCUUAGGGAUCUUGGAGUUGAUGUAUAAUCGCUUUCGCAUAUCUUGAAGACGAAACACUCCUUCGAAUAACGCGAUCGUCUUUCUGAUUUGAACCGUCGGUGUUUCCUCUCGAGGAACUUG